UUCUGCCAGGAAUUUAGUCUGCAACUACAUAUAUGAGUAAACAUGUGCCAGAUACAUUCUGUUUCUGCACGUCUACGCGGGGGUGUAGUCUGAAUGUUUUGCUCUUUGGAUCGUACUUCAUGUGAUGAUAACGGAAAUUUACCCUGCAUUUCGGGGUCGAAGAAUCGAACAGGUAGUGUUAGUGUAGUUUUGUGUAUGAAGUUUUUUCGCUGCUAGGCAUUUAAGAUUCCUUAGAUCAUUUGUGCAGAUUUACACGGUUCCGCACGUUGUCUGCAGUUGGACAGUUACGUGUUCUCAAAGGGCUAAACCAUGAUGUGAAAUGAGAGCUGCUCCAUCAGCAACACGCCCCACCACCAAGUCCUAAGCUUGAUGCUCAGUUCCGAGCGACAUCUCCAUCUUUCUGUGAUGUUUCUGUUCGAGCGGACAUUUUGGUGGUUGCCGCCACUCGUAUGUGAAAAGGCACGUGAUUCUUCUCACCUGCAUAUUGGUCAUGUCUCACGAAAUGUGUAACCAGCUCUUCACACGAGAACAUCCCCGCAAUCCCUUAUGGCUCAAUAGCCGAGUCACAUUCCGAGCGAAUUUGUGACAGGGAAUUGAGGGAGCCGUUACAGCUUUUGCAAUUGAGAGGAAGAGGAACCAUGAGCACCUGAGAGAAUUCAUGCUGUCAUAGAAUCCACAGCGAUCGUAACACGCCCAGUUCGAGACUCCCGCCUAGGAAUAAUAGCCAGAUCAGUGACUUUGGGACAGAUAGAAACAUUGUCAGCCAGCCUCGUGAAGUCACUCGCAUUACUUCACAUUCCUCUUUCCACUCAGAUCAUCAUGAGAACUAUGACCGUCGUGACAAUUCCCUGGAUGCUCGUUCUGACAGUCACAUGAAGGGUCGCUCCGACCACCGCAUGAGGUCUCGCGGCCCUGACAGGAACAGCAACUCAAAAAAUCUCCUGCAGGUGCAUGUGAUCAUAAGUGGCCAAGUGCAAAGCGUGUUCUACAGGAAGUGGACGAUAGAGAACGCUACGAAGCUGUGUCUCAAUGGCUGGGUCCGAAACUGCAAGGAUGGCACGGUAGAGGCUGUGUUCUCCGGCAAGCCCAGUGCAGUGGACCAUAUUCUGGACAAGUGCAAGACUGGGCCAAUACGGGCGCGUGUGGCGAAUGUGAAGGUGAUCAUGGCUGUCGGGCCUCCCAAGAAAGGUUUUCAUCAAAUUGGAUGACAGGCGCUGGUAGCUACUCAAUCACCAGGGAAUAGAAUUAUUGAGUAACGUUGCAGGUUCCAGCAAGUAGGGCUUUUUGGUAUCAUUUCAGUAAUAGAACCAGGGAAGACCAAUGACAUGACUGCCGAUUCAGCAAAAUUGUAAGCGUUGUAUUGUGCAUGUACGAAAGAAGAUGUGUGAUUUCAGUUUGUGCUCACACGCAUAUGAAGAGAAUUACGAACAGCAUUGACUAUUUGUGCAUGCUGCCGAAAGAUUGUACCCA